GCCUGGCAGGAUCCUGCUUGGGAGGGAAGAUUCUGGACUCUCCUGGAGCAGACCCGGGCAGCCAUGCUUGGUGUGGCCAGCAGACCGCCUACCUUGGCUGCUUCCUUCCUCCUCCCAACAGCCCCUGAGUGAACCUUCGCCGACAUGUCCGGGUGGGAGUCUUAUUACAAAAACGAGGGCGAGGAAGAGGAAGAGGAGCAAGAGGAGAGCAAUGAGCUUGGUGGUGAAUAUAAGUAUUCAGGAAGGGAUAGUUUGAUUUUUUUGGUUGAUGCUUCGAGGGCCAUGUUUGACUCUCAGGGUGAAGAUGGAUUGACUCCUUUUGAUAUGAGUAUCCAGUGCAUCCAGAGCGUGUACACCAGUAAGAUCAUCAGCAGUGACCGGGACCUCCUGGCGGUGGUGUUCUAUGGCACAGAGAAGGACAAAAAUUCUGUGGAUUUCAAGCAUAUUUAUGUCUUACAAGAGUUGGACAGUCCAGGUGCUAAGAGAGUGCUGGAGCUGGACCAGUUCAAGGGGCCACAGGGGAAAGAACAGUUCCAGAACCUGCUUGGCCAUGGGGCCGAGUACUCCCUAAGUGAGGUGCUGUGGGUCUGCGCCAACCUCUUCAGCAGCGUUCAGGUCAAGAUGAGCCACAAGCGGAUCAUGCUGUUCACCAAUGAGGACGAUCCCCACCGCAGCGACAGCGCCAAAGCCAGCCGAGCCAGGACCAAGGCCGGGGACCUCCGGGACACUGGAAUCUUCCUUGACCUGAUGCAUCUGAAGAAAGAUGGGGGCUUUGACAUAUCAUUGUUCUACAGAGAUAUCAUCAGCAUCGCAGAGGAUGAGGACCUUGGGGUGCACUUUGAGGAAUCGAGCAAGCUUGAAGACCUGCUGAGGAAGGUUCGUGCCAAGGAGACCCGGAAGCGUGUGCUCUGCAGGUUGAAGUUUAAACUCAACAAAGAUCUAGCAUUCACAGUUGGCAUUUAUAAUAUGGUCCAGAAAGCUUACAAGCCAGCUCCCGUCAAGCUCUACCGAGAAACAAAUGAGCUUGUGAAAACCAAAACGCGGACAUUUAAUGUGAACACGGGAAGUUUGCUUCUGCCUAGUGAUACCAAGCGCUCUCAGGUCUAUGGGAACCGUCAGAUUGUUCUCGAGAAGGAGGAGACGGAAGCACUGAAGCGCUUCGAUGAACCGGGCUUGGUUCUCAUCGGCUUCAAGCCCUCGUUCAUGCUGAAGAAGCACCAGUACCUGAGGCCGUCCCUGUUCGUGUACCCUGAGGAGUACCUGGUCAAGGGAAGCUCCACCUUGUUCCACGCGCUGCUCACCAAGUGUCUGGAGAAGGACGUCGUGGCCCUGUGUAGAUACACGCCCCGCCAGAACAUGCCCCCUUACUUUGUGGCCUUGAUGCCCCAGGAGGAGGAACUGGAUGACCAGAAAGUUCAGAUCACGCCUCCAGGCUUCCAUCUCAUCUUCCUGCCAUACGCUGAUGACAAACGGAAGGUGCCCUUCACUGGCAAAGUCUCAGCAACCCCAGAGCAGGUGGACAAGAUGAAGGCAAUUGUCCAGAAGCUUCGCUUCAAAUACCGAAGUGACAGCUUCGAGAACCCUGUGCUGCAGCAGCACUUCCGGAACCUGGAGGCCCUGGCGCUGGACCUGAUGGAGCCCGAGCAGGCGGAGGACCUGACGCUGCCCAAGGUGGAAGCGAUGGAUAAAAGACUGGGCUCCUUGGUGGAUGAAUUUAAGGAACUUGUCUACCCACCAGGCUACAAUCCCGAGGGAAAGGUUUCCAAGCGAAAGCAAGAUGGGGAAGACCCCGGAAGUAAAAAGCCCAAGGUGGAGCUGUCUGACGAAGCGCUGAAGGCCCACGUGAGCGCAGGCACGCUGGGCAAGCUCACCGUGCCCGUGCUGAAGGAGGCCUGCAAGGUGUACCAGCUCAAGGUGGGCACGAAGAAGCAGGAGCUGCUGGACGCGCUCACCAGGCACUUUAAGACCUGACCGUCCACACUGCCACCGGGCUGCCCUCUGGUGCUCUCCUGCUUUGUUGCCUUGGAGACAGGGUAGCCCUCCCACUUGUGUGCCUUACU